AGCUCUUAAGGGGGGGGUGGGGGGGAGGAACAUGGCGCAAGCUCUCUCUGAAGAGGAGUUUCAGCGGAUGCAGGCUCAGCUCCUGGAACUCCGGACAAACAACUAUCAGCUUUCAGAUGAACUACGCAAGAAUGGUGUUGAGCUCACCAGUCUUCGACAGAAGGUUGCCUACCUCGAUAAGGAGUUUGCUAAAGCUCAGAAGGCACUGAGCAAGAGCAAGAAAGCUCAGGAAAUCGAGGGGCUGCUGAGUGAAAAUGAGAUGCUGCAGGCAAAGCUGCACAGCCAGGAGGAGGACUUCCGUUUGCAGAACAGCACCCUUAUGGCUGAGUUCAGCAAGCUCUGCAGCCAGAUGGAACAACUUGAGUGGGAGAACCAGCAACUGAAGGAUGGGGCUUCCAGGGAAGGGGCUGCCCAAGCUGGGAAUCUUGUGGAUGGCGAGCUGCUGAGACUGCAAGCAGAGAACACAGCCUUACAGAAGAAUGUGGCAGCUCUGCAGGAGCGCUAUGGGAAAGAGGCUGGGAGGUCUCCAGCUGUCAUUGAGGGCCAAGGUGACCCCCCAGGGGACCCAGCCUCUACUGUCUUGGCCCCCAUGCCAUUGGCAGAGGUGGAGCUGAAAUGGGAGAUGGAGAAAGAAGAGAAGAGAUUGCUCUGGGAGCAGCUGCAAGGCUUGGAGAGCUUGAAGCAGGCUGAAACAUCCAGGCUGCAGGAGGAACUUGCUAAGCUCUCCGAGAAACUGAAAAAGAAACAAGAAAGCUUUUGCCGUCUGCAGACAGAGAAGGAGACACUAUUCAAUGACAGCAGGAACAAGAUUGAGGAGUUACAACAGCGAAAGGAAGCUGAUCUCAAAGCCCAAUUGGCUAGGACGCAGAAGCUGCAACAGGAACUAGAAGCUGCCAAUCAGAGCUUGGCAGAGCUGAGAGGUCAGCGACAGGAGGAGCGCAUGGAGCAUGCAGCAACUCUCCGGGCCCUACAUGAUCAGGUGUCCAUCCAGAGUGCAGAUGCGCAGGAACAAGUAGAAGGGCUUUUGGCUGAAAACAAUGCCUUGAGGACUAGCCUGGCUGCCCUGGAGCAGAUCCAAACAGCAAAGACCCAAGAACUGAAUAUGCUUCGGGAACAGACUACUGGCCUAGCAACUGAGUUGCAGCAGCGGCAGACUGAAUAUGAGGACCUCAUGGGACAGAAAGAUGACCUCAACUCCCAGCUCCAGGAGUCAUUACGGGCCAAUAAUCGGCUGCUGGAACAACUUCAAGAGCUAGGGCAAGAGAAGGAACAGUUGAGCCAGGACCUUCAGGAGGCUCGAAAAAGUGCUGAGAAGCGGAAGGCCAUGCUAGAUGAGCUCGCAAUGGAAACACUGCAGGAGAAGUCACAACACAAGGAAGAACUGGGAGCAGUUCUGCUACGGCAUGAGAAGGAGGUGCUGGGGGUGCGUGCCCGCUAUGAGCGUGAACUCCGAGAGUUGCAUGAAGACAAAAAGCGUCAGGAGGAGGAGCUGCGUGGACAGAUUCGUGAGGAGAAGGCCCGGACCCGGGAGCUGGAGAAUCUCCAGCAGACAGUGGAAGAACUUCAGGCUCAGGUACACUCCAUGGAUGGAGCUAAGGGCUGGUUUGAACGGCGCUUGAAGGAAGCUGAGGAGUCUCUGCAGCAGCAGCAGCAGGAACAAGAAGAAGCCCUCAAGCAGUGUCAAGAACAGCAUGCUGCCCAGCUGAAGGACAAGGAGGAGGAGCUGCAGGGUGUGCGGGAUCAGCUUCAGCAGGCUCAGGAAGAGCGAGAUAGCCAUCUGAAAACCAUCAGCAGCUUGAAACAGGAGGUGAAGGACACAGUGGACGGGCAGCGAAUCCUGGAGAAGAAGGGCAGUGCUGCACUCAAGGACCUCAAACGGCAGCUGCAUCUGGAGCGGAAACGUGCAGACAAGCUACAGGAGCGGCUGCAGGACAUCCUCACAAACAGCAAGAGCCGUUCAGGCCUCGAGGAGCUGGUUCUCUCAGAGAUGAACUCACCAAGCCGGACCCAGACAGGGGACAGCAGCAGCGUAUCCUCCUUCAGUUACCGUGAGAUCUUGCGGGAAAAGGAGAGCUCAGCCGUUCCAGCUAGGUCUUUGUCUAAUAGCCCUCAGGCCCAGCCCCCUCGACCAGCAGAGCUGUCUGAUGAGGAAGUGGCUGAGCUCUUUCAGCGGCUGGCAGAGACACAGCAGGAAAAAUGGAUGCUAGAGGAGAAGGUGAAGCACCUGGAAGUGAGCAGUGCCUCCAUGGCAGAGGACCUCUGCCGGAAGAGCGCCAUCAUUGAGACCUAUGUCAUGGACAGCCGGAUUGAUGUGUCUGUGGCAGCAGGCCACACAGACCGCAGUGGACUGGGCAGUGUCCUAAGAGACCUAGUGAAGCCGGGUGACGAGAACCUUCGGGAGAUGAAUAAGAAGCUGCAGAACAUGCUGGAGGAGCAGCUCACCAAGAACAUGCACUUGCACAAGGACAUGGAGGUCCUGUCACAGGAAAUCGUUCGGCUCAGCAAGGAGUACGUGGGGUCCCCUGAUCCAGAUCUAGAGCCUGGAAAGGCCAGCUAAAGACCUACAGGCUGUACUCCCUCCCUCCUCCCC